AUGUCUCCUCAACAGAAAAAUAUCGAUCUUGCCGUUCUCGAUGCUAAGACGAAGGAGCUGAUUGAAGCCUUCGAGGCCCACCCUCGGAUGGCGGGUCCCAACCCCCACUCCACCAUCUUCUUCCUAUGCGACUUUGUCAAGAACAGCCACAAGAUGUUGAAGUCGGUCGACGCAGAGAAGUACGCCGCUGGAAAUAAACAGGCUCGUGACACCAUUCAAGAAGUUGUGGGCCGGAACCAGUUCGCUAUCCUGCUCGCCAACGAUACUACCGGCCAGUUGGCUGCGAUGACUGCUCAAGACCCAUCUGACCGGGUCGACUUGGGACCGACCAUCAAGGCCAAGGCCAAGGAGUUGGCUGAGCUCUAG